AUGACCUACAGAAUCCUCGCCUUCCUCUACCGCAAACCAAGCAUCUCGCCCGACGAAUUCAAGCAGCACUACGAGGCCAACCACAUCCCUCUGCUGAAACGCCUCACGGGGCCAGACUUCCCCCUCACCCACACGCGCCGCUACAUCGCCCGCAAGUCCGUCGACCAGCCCGUCGAGGGCGCCUCAGAGCGCAACGCCAAAACCCCGGCCACCGUGUUCGUCGGCAGCCAGGCCGACUUUGACUACGAUGCCGUCGUCGAGCUGACCUUUGCCGACGAGGCGGCCUUUCAGGCCUUUCACGCCAAGCUCACUUCGCCGGAGGUGGCCAAGGAGCUUGGAGAGGAUGAGGAGAGGUUCAUCAAUCGCGCGAAGUUGAGGGUUGUUGCGCUGGGGGAUGUUGUUGAGACGGCGAAAUAG